AUGUCGGACCCCACCACGCAACAAACCCCCUCAUUAAACAUACGCAAAGCGACCGCGAGCGAUCUCCCGUCGCUGCAACCACUCGUCCAAAGAGCAUAUCGCGGCGAGGCGAGCCGCAAGGGAUGGACCACCGAGGCCGACCUGGUGGCGGGCCAGCGCAUCGACGCGCCGGGGCUGCUGUCCAAGAUCAACGCCCCGCUGGGCGCCGUGCUGCUCGCCUGCCCUGCCGGCUCCGACGAGCCGGUGGCCUGCUGCGAGGUGGUCUGCCGCGACGACUCGUGCCAGGUCGCCUACUUUGGCCUCUUUGCCGUCGAUCCCGAGCGGCAGGGCGGCGGCCUGGGCAAGGUCGUCCUGCAAAAGGCCGAGCAGUACGUCAAGGACACCUGGGGCGUCGCGCGCAUGGAGAUGACGGUCAUCUGGACCCGCGAGGAGCUCCUCACCUGGUACGAGCGGAGGGGCUACUCCAGGACCGGCGAGAAGAGGCCGUUCCCGUACGGAGAGCCAGAGAACGGAACGCCGCUCCGUGACGAUCUUUACUUUGACGUCCUGACAAAGGACUUGUAG